AUGCAGAUAGAGAACUUAAGUUAUGACUCGGGUAUCUCAGGGUGUAUUGAUUUUUCUGUGGAGAACCAAAUGCUUUCUUCAACCGAAAUGAGUUCAAGUAUUGAUACUUCAAUGGAUUCGUCACUUAAAAGCCAAACCCUCUCCUCAAUAAAACGUGAUGAAUGCGCGUUUGCAGCAACGGCAUUACUUGAAUCCUCAGAGGAUAUGCAGUCUUCGUACAUCCAGGCCUUGAAUGAUCCAAUUGAUAUAAGUGGUUACCAAGACGAAAUCGAACGGGGGGAUGAUUUGCAAUUCCUUCCAUCAGAUGAUGCCUACCAUUUGCCGGUUAAUGCCUCAAAUGAAACCACUUCAGUUAUAAAUCUGACUACGAAUGGUUCUGCAAGUAUUUCCUCUCAUACCCAAUCGCACAUAACAGAUUAUUCUUCCCUUAAUACAAAUCAGUCAUAUUCUUACCAAUCUAUGCAGUUCUCGAAUGUUCCACCAUCGACAACUCAAUAUUCAACGCUUGGCCAGGUUUUGACUGGUAAUACCGAGCGUAGUAAUGCCUACCCAAAUUUGCUCAACUCUUUCCUACGAUGCAACAAUGGUUCAAAUUCCUCGACAUCUACAUCAUAUGCAUCAACACCAAUUACUUCAGGAAGUUUCUAUGAUUCGAAAAAUACACGUAACUCGAAGUUUCAGCGUGUUACCAAAAAAGUAGAUGUCAAACAGGCCAAGCCACGGGGAGAUGGAAGCAAACUUCUCAGUACAAGGGCCACUUAUGUACUAGAAGGCUGGUAUGAAGCAAAUACAGAAUGGCCUUACCCAACAAAAUCUGAAAAACAAGUUAUGGCUUCUGCUGGAGGAAUCACAGUCGAACAGGUGAAUUCAUGGUUCGCCAAUCGUCGCAACAGAAGUCAAAAUACAAGACCGAAGAAGAAUAUGGUGAAGCUGAUUCAAUCUAUAACGUUAUUGUGUGAAGAAUACCAGGAAGCCUCACACGGCGUCAUUUCUGCCUUAGAAAUGAAGGGCAGAAUCCUAGCCCUUAUAAAUUUCCAUUUGCAACGGAAGCAAUGA